CUCGCGUGAAGUCCACGGUGCUACAAUUCUACGGGAGAGUGUGUACUGGACUGAAUUUCUUCACCAAAAGCCGAAUGCCUGUCAAACCUCAAACCUCAAACCUGACGCAACGUUGGGACACUGAAUGCUGGCGUUCAGGACUGCUGUGUUUAAGAAGGUUGUUUUGUGGCAGUCUGUUUGUAGCCUGACACAUACCGAGAUAUGUAGCAUGCCCUGUGAAGUGCAGCCCCGGUUCCUGGUUCUAUACGGGUCUCAGAAGGGCCAAGCCCAGUCCAUCGCAGAGGGGAUAGUGGAGGAGGCUCAGGAUCAUGGGCUGGUAGCAGAACUCAGCUGCUUGAACCAGACUGAGAAGUUCAAUUUGGAGAAAGAGAAUGCUCCUGUGGUCUUUAUUGUGUCAACUACUGGAGAUGGGGAACCACCAGACAAUGCCCUCCAAUUUGUAAAGCACAUGAAGAUGAAGACCCUCUCCACUGACCACUAUAAACACCUUCGCUAUACACUUUUAGCUUUAGGAGACACAAACUAUGCAAAUUUCUGCAACUGCGGGAAGACAAUUGAACGUCGUCUUCAGGAACUUGGAGCCGAACAGUUCUAUAAGACAGGCUAUGCAGAUGAUGGUGUAGGGCUAGAGGUGGUUGUGGACCCCUGGCUCGAAGGAGUGUGGAAAGCUAUCAAAGAAGCCUUAUCAAAAAUGGCUUCUCACAGAAUUGCUCUGUUGAAAGAGGAUGCUGGGAGUUCAUCAAAGGAAACUCCUGAUUCAUACACACCAGAUGUCCAACUUAACCUCCUAAGCCUUAGUGACCAACAGGACUGCCAUAUAGUCAGAGCAUCUGCUGACACGGACUCCAAAUAUGCAACUGCUGAUUCGUCUCCUGCUUCUGCCACACAAACUGCUAUUUCAGAUCUCAGCUGUGAUCCCACUGCAGGAAUCCCAGUGUCGGUGCCCCAGACUGUUGCCACUGCCAAUGCUUCUAUAUCAGCGCUGGACACACAGACGGAGUAUGCUGGAGAUCCCCAGGCAGCCUCACUUUCACGCUCUCUGCCCCCACUGUCAGAGUCUUCUCUUAAUGUUCCUGCUCUUCCUCCUCCCUACCUGGACGUCUCACUUCAGGAUGUAGACACUGUAGAACAGAAUAUUGGACGAUUAAACAAUGAAAGUCUUAUUGAGGUUCCCAUACACAGGGCAGUUCAACUGACCAGAGGAGAGUCAGUCAAGACGGCCGUCCUCUUAGAGUUGGACAUCUCUGCUCACCCGGAGAUGUUUUUUGAGCCCGGGGAUUCGUUUGAUGUGUUCUGUCCAAACAGAGCCACAGAGGUGGAGGCGAUGCUCCACAGAUUGGGUCUUCAGGACAAGAGGAACCACCAUGUCCACGUGUCUCUGAAAAAGGAGACUAAGAAAAAAGGUGCUCAGGUGCCAUCCUACAUCCCUCAGAACAUUUCAUUGCUGUAUUUAUUCACAUGGUGUCUAGAGAUCAGAAGCGUUCCUAAGAAGGCAUUUCUACGAGCGCUGGUGGAGCAUACUGGGGACAGUGUGCAGAGGAGGAGACUGCAGGAGCUCUGCAGUAAACAAGGUGCCGCAGAUUACAACCUGCAUGUGAGAGACCUGAGCCUCAGUGUUCUGGAGCUUCUCACUGUCUUCCCGUCCUGCUCGCCUCCUCUCCGCCUCCUCAUAGAGCAUUUGCCGAAACUGCAGCCCAGGCCUUAUUCAGCAGCCAGCUCCCGUCUUAAGCACCCAGGAAAGCUGCAUUUUGUCUUCAACGUGGUAGAGUUCCCAGCAUGCUAUGGGAGGCCUGCUGGGAAACGAGGCUUGUGUACCGGUUGGCUGUUUGACCUCAUCAAUCGUGGCCUGGUUUUCCCUGGGAAGGCUGAGUGCUCUGACAGCCUGGCUCUGCCUACGAUCCAUGUGAGUCUGAGAAGCAACUGCUCCUUCAGGCCUCCCUCUGAUUCGUCAGUGCCCUUCAUCAUGAUUGGACCAGGUACAGGAGUGGCCCCCUUCAUUGGUUUCCUUCAACAAAGGGAGAAGGAGAGGCAGGAGAAACCUGAGGCUGUGUUUGGCGAGACCUGGCUGUUCUUCGGUUGUCGCCACAGAGACAGGGACUACCUGUUCAGAGAGGAGCUGGAGGGCUUUCUGUGCAGCGGCGUCCUGAACCACCUCAAGGUGUGUUUCUCCAGAGACGAGCCGGAGCAGGAGGAGGAGCAGGUCACCGCCUCAGCCGCCCGACCCAGAUAUGUCCAACACAUCCUGCUGCGUAACGGCCGAUACGUCACAGAUAUCCUGCUCAAACAGAGCGGUUACCUCUAUGUCUGCGGGGAUGCAAAGAACAUGGCUAAGGAUGUGAAUGACACGCUGCUAGAGAUCAUCAAAGCGGAGCUCCGCGUGGAUCAAUUGGAGGCCAUGAAGACACUGGCGGGGCUGAGAGAGGAGAAACGCUACCUUCAGGACAUCUGGGGUUGACAGCGGCUGACCAGAUGAGUGCUCCUCACCUCAAGUAUCCACUGAGCUUCUUUACAACUUACAACAACAACAACAGAAAAAAAAUCUGCACGCUCAGCUGUAACCUCUACUACCAUAACAUCAUAGAUGCUGAAGCCUGGAGGUAGUUUACGCCACCCAGUGCUACUGAUACGGAGUGCGAUGAAAUGUUAGCCUGG